UCUUGCCGCCCGCCCGCCCCAGCCGGCGGCACCUCCGGGCGGCGGCUCCUCCCCCGCCGCUCGCCGCGCCGCGCCUGUGGCAGCCCGGCAGCAUGGCGGCGGUGGAGACCCGUGUUUGCGAGACGGCUGGCUGCAGCAGCGAGGCCAAGCUGCAGUGCCCUACCUGCCUCAAGCUGGGCAUCCAGGGCUCCUACUUCUGCUCUCAGGAAUGCUUUAAGGGAAGCUGGGCUACUCACAAGUUAUUACACAAGAAAGCAAAAGAUGAAAAGGCGAAGCGUGAAGUUUCCUCGUGGACCCUGGAAGGUGAUGUUAACACAAAUCCCUGGUCUGGUUAUCGAUACACUGGUAAACUCAGGCCACAUUAUCCACUGACGCCAACGAGACCUGUGCCAAGUUAUAUUCAGAGACCGGAUUAUGCUGAUCACCCACUAGGAAUGUCUGAAUCAGAACAGGCUUUAAAAGGAACCUCUCAAAUAAAAAUACUCACAUCUGAGGAUAUAGAAGGGAUGCGAGUAGUGUGUAGGCUUGCUAGAGAAGUAUUGGAUGUUGCUGCCAUGAUGGUGAAAGCAGGAGUAACUACUGAAGAAAUUGAUCAUGCUGUCCAUUUAGCUUGUAUCGCAAGGAAUUGCUAUCCUUCCCCUCUGAAUUAUUAUAAUUUCCCAAAGUCGUGUUGUACGUCAGUGAACGAAGUGAUCUGUCAUGGAAUUCCUGACAGGAGGCCAUUGCAGGAGGGAGAUAUAGUUAAUGUGGAUAUUACUGUCUAUCGUAAUGGCUACCAUGGAGAUCUGAACGAGACAUUUUAUGUUGGAGAAGUUGAUGAGGGUGCAAGGAGGCUUGUCCAAACAACUUACGAGUGCCUAAUGCAGGCCAUUGAUGCAGUGAAACCUGGUGUUCGGUACAGAGAACUAGGAAACAUUAUUCAGAAACAUGCUCAAGCAAAUGGAUUUUCAGUGGUUCGGAGCUACUGUGGGCAUGGAAUCCAUAAACUUUUCCAUACGGCUCCUAACGUGCCACAUUAUGCCAAAAAUAAGGCCGUUGGAGUCAUGAAGCCAGGUCAUGUAUUUACAAUUGAGCCAAUGAUCUGUGAAGGUGGUUGGCAAGAUGAGACAUGGCCUGAUGGCUGGACUGCAGUGACAAGGGAUGGAAAGCGCUCCGCCCAGUUUGAACACACACUCCUGGUCACCGAUACAGGCUGUGAGAUCCUGACACGGCGGCUGGAUAGUAUUUGUCCCCAUUUCAUGUCCCAGUGAGAGUUUAGACUGAGCAGGUGGAGCUGAAUGAUCCUUUUUUUCUUUAUUUUUGUGUCCCUGUACUAUGCAUUUUUUUAAGAGUACAGAAUAGAGAUUUCAGCAUUUACUUUGUUCUCAGUGAUUAAGAUAAGAGGAAUAUCUUGAAGAACCUGAGGAAAGCAGAGAAGAAUUUAAGGAAUUUCCUGCUUUACCUACAACACUCAUGCUGUAUUUUUCUUUUUAUUUCAAUUAUCUGUUUAGCACCUUUCUUCCAAUUAGACCCACAAUUGCUUCUGUUACUGCCAUGAUAUUAGCUAGAAAAGCGUGGGUAACCUUUCCCACUGGGACUUGAUAUUUUGGGAUCCAGGUUUUUUCACCACUUCAGUGUGCCCUGUCACUCUUGGGAUGUGAGUGCCACCUGAGAUUUUAAGCAUUUCUAGUUCCAAAGACUUGCUCCUGCUUCUGGAGGUACUGUUCUAAUGGGCUGGACUUUGUUUAUCACUUGAGAAAGGGGCAGAAGGGAAAGACACAUGCAUGUUGCCAAGAAUAGGCUACCCUUCUGUUCCCAUCUCCCUUGUGAUGGCCUCUGUGGUGACUGCAACUUAGGUGACACAGUUAAUGGCAGGACUUGUUUCUCUUUCUGGAGAGUUGAUAGUAUGGGCUUUCUACAGGGAAAAAUAAUAAAUUCUGUCUUAUCUGCAGCUCCCUGGAAUAAGCUGCUUCUUGGCAAAGCAGUAUUUCCAGGCAGUCUCCCGCUCCAAAAGCUCAGUGAAGCUGAUGUGUCAGACUUGCCUAGGUAAAGGAAUGAAACAAGUACCAAAAAGAUCCCAAGAUUCUUGGGAUCCCCAAGCGUGUGAACUGUGGGACAUA